AUGUCUGCAGACAUCGAUGAGUGUGUCAAAACUUCUGAUAUCUGCGGCCCAGACUCCAUAUGCACCAACCUCAAUGGAACGUACAACUGUACCUGUCUGCCAGGAUUCAACAACACUAAUUCAGCAGAGAAACUAGGAACCACUCCCUCCUGUGAAGACAUUGACGAGUGUCUUGAAUACCCCUGCGGUGAGGGUGAUUGUAAGAACAUCCCAGCAAGUUUUGAGUGUGAUUGCCAUGUGGGGUAUCAGCUUGGGCCUGCUGCAGCUCCACCAUGCCAAGAUAUUGACGAGUGUUUCAAUUCCACCGUCUGCGGCCCUCGUUCCAACUGCACCAAUGUUCCUGGAAAACAUAUCUGCCAGUGUGAGCCGGGAUACAUAGCCACCGACCCGUCCACGGCCCCUGAUGAGGACAACACCUGUGAAGAUGCUGAUGAGUGUGUGGAAGACGUCACCAUCUGCGGUCCUGAGGCCGUCUGUAACAACACAAUCGGGGCCCAUUUCUGCACCUGUAACCACGGUUACCGCCUCGACCUCUCAGAUAUGAUCGCCAGCUCUGAAAAUCCAUGCAAUGACAUCGAUGAAUGCAGUGAGACGGUGGAUCUUUGUGGAACUAAAACCGUGUGUACCAACGCACCAGGGACCUUCCACUGCUCCUGUCCUGAUGGCUAUUACCCCACAACGGGGGUAAUUUGGGAACCUGGUGUCACGUUCUGCCAAAGUCUUCAGGACAUUCUUGAUGCGAUUGAACCUCCAGAGGAAACGGAAAAAGUUUGA